AUGGUCGUCCACGUUCUGGACAACUUGUACCUGUCUAUCACUUUCCUCAUCUCGCUCGGAUGGCAGCUACUCGGCUUCGCGAUCGCAUUCGGUCUGCAGAUCGACACCAUCACCGACUUCUGGUCUGCUGUAAAUGCCAUCUUUCUAGCCAUCUUCACGCUUUGCUGCGGAGACCAUUACUAUGCGCGCAACGUUGUGGCGAGCAUUUUUGUCAUUAUGUGGGGGGUCCGUCUCGGUGCCUUUCAGCUCUUCCGCAUGAUCAAGAUGGGUGGAGAUUCGCGUUUCGACGAGAUGCGCUCCAAGCCGCUCAGCUUCCUUGGCUUUUGGACUUUUCAGCUCAUUUGGGUGUGGACGAUCACCAUGCCCGUCACGGUACUCAACUCGCCCAACUCAGGCGAUCCAGCUCAAGGGGGUGGAAAUGCUCGAUUCGGAAACGGAAAGGAUGUUGUUGGUAUUAUUUUUUUCGCCGUUGGUUUCAUUGCAGAGGCGCUGGCUGAUGUGCAAAAGUACAGAUUUAAGUCCAUCACAAAGCCUCCAAGGGGUGCGAUCACAGACGCUGGUAUCUGGAAGUACUCGCGACGUCCCAAUUACUUUGGCGAGAUCAUGCUUUGGUGGGGCGUUUGGCUCCUUGCCCUCGGCAACACAACCGAAGCAAACAAGUCUGGUCAUGACGCUCUGUACGGCUCCAUCUUCUCGCCCCUCAUCACGAUGGCUCUCUUGCUCUUCCUCUCGGGCAUUCCUCUGGCGGAAAAGCCAACACAGCAAAAGUACUUCUUGAUGUCGCAUGGUCCUGAUAAGCAGUCCGAGGGAUUGGAACCGUGGCAUGCACAGACGGAGCAGGACCCGUGGGACAGGAUGAAGGCGUUCCGCGAACGUACUUCGCUCCUCGUCCCUCUGCCCAACGCCUUCUACCGGAAAUUGCCAAAGGCGAUCAAAUCGACGGUGCUGUUUGACUUCCCAUUCUACAACUUUGACGAGGCCAAGGACGGUAACAAAGCUAUCAGAGAGGCAGAGAACAAGAAAAACAACGAGAACCCCUGA